GUUAAAUCGAACAAAUGAUAUAAAACUCCGCCCACGUCCCUGAGUUCUUCGAGUGACGUCUUCCUAACCUCCACAUUCCUUUGUCAGCCCUAGCCAGGCUACGACCUACGUGUAAAUAUUCCGUACCUUACUGUACCUCUCCACGCCUCCUCUCUAAUUGAUUCAACGUUGCGUAUAACGACCAUGGCCACAGCUGUCGACACGGGGCCGGAAAAAUCCAAUUCCAAGGAGCAAAUAUUGCCAUCCAUUGCUGCUACCAAUGCAGACGCAGACUCGCCCAUAACUGCACUCCCUGUAGGCCCCCAGAAUGCCUCACCCACACCAAAGAAAUCGUGGGCCUUCAAAGUGACGAUCCUCUCGCUCUGCCUCGUCUCCCUCGUCGUGACUCUCGACGCCACUAGUAUCGCUAUAGCGCUACCCAAAAUUGCGAACGAAUUGAAGACGUCCGAGUACGUCUGGAUGGCCAAUUGCUUCGUUCUCUCCCAGACGGUCGUCCAACCGCCUUGCGCUCAACUCUGCAACAUCUUCGGGCGAAGAUGGCCCAUGAUCUUGUCCUUGACGCUGUUCGCCAUCGGUAGUGGGAUUGCUGGAGGCGCGAGGAAUGUAGGGGCCCUGAUUGCCGGUCGCACCAUUCAAGGCGCAGGGUCUGGUGGAUUGAACCUCCUCAGUGAAUUGAUCAUUUGCGAUCUCGUCCCGUUAAGAGAAAGGAGCAAAUACUUUGGCAUGGUUCUCUCUGUUGGCGCUCUCGGAACCAUCUUAGGCCCUCCCAUCGGCGGCGUCAUCGCACAGCGAGACUGGCGAUGGAUCUUCUACCUCAAUGUACCCGUCGCGGGACUUGUAAUCUUGGUCAUGUUCUUCUUCCUCCGACUCAAGCACGUCCGCGAACCGUCCAUCCGUCGAGCUCUCCUCCGCAUUGACUGGAUUGGCAGCUUCCUCUUCAUCGGCGCAACCUCCUCGUUCCUCUUCGGGCUCAUCUCAGGCGGCACAUCCCCCCAAUACGCCUGGUCUUCCUUCCGCGUCAUCGUCCCCAUCGUCCUAGGCAUCGUCGGCUGGAUAGUCUUCUACAUCUUCGAAACCUCACGCUUCUGUCUUGAACCCUCCGUUCCCUCACACCUCUUCCGUACCCGCAACUCCUCCGCCGGCUUCUACAUCACCUUCACGUCCUCCAUGCUCAUGGUCUGGGUCGCCUACUUCUGGCCCGUCUACUUCCAAUCCCUCCACUCCGCCUCAACGCAACAAGCCGGCACCAACAUCCUCCCCUACGUCGCCUUCCUGAUUCCCGUCUCCGUCGUCGCCGGCGUAGCCCUCACCCGCUUCGGCCAAUACCUCCCCUUCCACUUCGCGGGCUUCGCGCUCUGCGCCCUCGGCCUCGGCCUCAACACCCUUCUCACCCAGCACACCAACACCGCAACCUGGGCGACCUUCCAAGCCAUAAACGGCAUCGGUCUCGCCAUGCUGUUUCCCUCCAUUCUCCCCGCCAUCCUCGCCGCGCUGCCAGAGUCCUCCGCAGCCACCGCAACAGGCUUCUUCUCCUUCCUCCGCAGCUUCGGCCUCGUCUGGGGCAUCACGAUCCCCGCGCUGAUCUUCAACAACGAGUUCGACCGCCUCGCGGCGCAGCGCAUUGACGACCCGGUGCUCCGCGCCAAGCUGGCGAACGGCAAUGCGUACGAGUCUGUCGGUGCGGAGACGAGCCUGGUUAAGGGGUUGGAGGAGGGGAGUCGUGAGCAGGUGGUCGAUGUGUAUACGAGGGCGCUGCGGAUGGUGUGGAUCGUCGCGGUUGCGUUUGCGGUGAGUGGGUUUUUGAGCGUGUUUGUGGAGAGGAAUAUCCCGCUCAGGACGAGCUUGGAUACGGAGUUUGGGUUGGAUGAGGGGGGUGGGAAGGAGACGGCUGAUGUUGUGCGGGAGAAGAAGAGUGAAGGGAGGACGAACGAUUCGUUGGCUUGAUCGAUGUUGUGUUCGUACUGUCGUGUGCCUUUGGCCCUCUCGAGAAGUUUGAUUUAUUAAUAUAGAUGUAUACUGUAGAAGAUAG